AUGCAGACCAAGACGCGCAGCAAGCCCGCUGCUGCGCCGUCGCCGCAGAAAGAGCGGCGCGGCAACGCGACACAGGGCUUGGGCACGAUCGGCCGCGGCGUGGAGGUUAAGAAGAGCUCGAUCGCCUUGGCUGGCAAUGGGCUGUUUGCGGCGCGCCCCUUUGCCCGCGGCGACCUCAUCACCGAGUACGUGGGACGCCUGAUCAGCCACGAGGAGGCGCAGCUGCUGCGCGCGAGGCGCGCGCACACCCACAUCGACGGCCUCAAGGACCCGCAGCCGGGCGAGGGUGGAGGCUCAUUUGCGAACGAUGCGCGCGACGGUGCCGCCAUCAACAGCGCGUACGACACGAGCCCUUCACUUUCGGAUGCUGCAUGA